AUGACUAACGACUCUGUACCAGUCUUCAGUCCAUCUUAUGAAGAUUUUAAGAAUGUUCCAAAUUAUUUAAAAUCAUUAUCAUUCAAAUCAAUACCUUGCGGAGUUUGUAAAAUAAUUCCGCCAAAAAAAUGGCUUGAUGAAUUAUAUCAAAAUGAUAUUAUUUUGAAUAGUAACAAUAAUAGUAAUAAUUCACAAAUUAUUAGUCAAUCGGUUUUUACUAGUGCUAAUGGAAUUCAUAUUGUUGAAAAUAAUAAUAAUACUGGUAGGUCGUUCAACAUUAAUGAUUGGAAAAAUUUAACUACUUCUGCUACUACUACUACUACUACUACUACUACUACUACUACUACUACUGCUACUACUACUACUACUACUACUAAUAAUAAUAAUAAUAAUAAUAAUAAUAAUAAUAAUAAUAAUAAUAAUAACAAUGAUGAUGACGAAGCAAUUUCUUUAAUCGAAAAAGAUUCAAUAGAUAAUACAAUCAAUUACAAAAAUUGGAAAAUUAAUCAUAAUUUAAAUGAUUCUGCGAAAUUUAAUAAUACAACUUUUAAAAAUAAUCUGGAAUCAAAAUUUUGGUCAGAUUUAUCCACUUCAAACAAUAUUUUAUUGGGUCAUUCAAAUAUUGAUACUAUUUUCCCAAUUAAUUUAAAAUUAUGGAAUUUAUCCCGUUUUCAAAGUUUUUCAAUUAAUUGUAAUCAUAGUUUAUUUGGUGGUUUAUGGAAAUCAUCUUAUCCAUGGAAAUUUGAAAAAAAUGAUAAUUUCUCAGUUAAUUUCCUUCAUACUGGUGCUCCAAAGCAAUGGUACAUUAUUUCAAAUAAUGAUAUUUUAAAAUUUUCGAAUUUUUUAACUAAUAAUUUUAUUAAUGAUUCAAAUAAUUGUCCUGCAUUUUUUGAACAUAAAAAAAUUAUGGUAUCUCCAUCAAUUUUAAUAGAAAAUGAUAUCAAUUUUGAAAAAAUUACUCAAAAUCAAUUAGAAUUUAUAGUAACAUUUGCAUCAAGUUGUUAUUCAUCAUUUGAUUAUGAUUAUAAUAUUAGUGAAUCAGUUACUUUUGAACCAAAUUUUGACUUUCAAAAUACUUUACCAAUUGUACCUUCAUGCAUUUGUAAUAAUAAUACUAAUAAUAAUAAUGACACUAAUAAUAAUAUUGAGGGUUUUACAUUAGAUUAUACUACGCAAUUUUUUGAUAAACCAAAACUAUUAAAUAAUAAUAAUAAUAAUAAUAAUAAUAAUAAUAAUAAUAAUAAUAAUAAUAAUAAUAAUAAUAAUAAUACUAAUAAUAAUACUAAUAAUAAUAAUAAUACUAAUAAUAAUACUAAUAAUAAUACUAAUAAUAAUAAUGUGGACGAGCAUUUUGAAGAUUCAAAAGUUGAUAAUUUAUUAAAUUUAACCAAACUACAAACUGAUAAUAAUACUACUAAUAAUUUUCCUCCUCAUCAAUAUUUAAGCAUGACCCAAACCUUAAGUAGAUUAUCUUCUCCAACUUUAACAAAAUUAAUGGAUUUCUCAACUACUUUAGAACCUUCUUCAUUGAAUGAUUCAAAUUUUAAAUUGAAAAGAAAAUUAUCAACUCCACAAUUAGCUCCAAUAAAUUACAACAACAACAAUAACAGUAGUAUUGAAAGUAAUAAAGAUAAUAAUCAUUUUAGUAGUAGUAACAUUACAACUACAAAUCCAACUUCAUUAGAAUUACCAAGUAAUCUACCGUCAAAUACUUUAUUAGAUGAUGAAGAAAAUAUGUUGGCUUUCAGUUUAGCUUCAAUGGCGAAUAGUGGUGCUUCAACACCUCAUUUCAAUUUACCACCAUUAAAUCCUUCUCCUUUAGGUAAAAUUAUUAAUAAUAAUAAUGGUAAUAAUACUACAACAAACGAUGGAAUUCCAAAUCUCAAUAAUAUUCCUUUAAUGACGCAUAAUAAUAUCCAUAAUACUAAUAAUAGUAAUAAUUUAUCAAUAUUUUCUCCAAAUCCACUAUCCUAUUCAAUAAUUUCAAACAGUAACAAUAACAAUGUACUCGCAGGUUCAUUGACACCAAGUAAUAUUACAAAUUUGCCGCUAUUGAAAAAAACAUCAAAUUUAAUGGCAUUAAAUAUUUCAAGAGAAAAUUCAAAAAGUCCGAAUAAUCUUAUUAAUAAUUCUACAAAUAAUAAUAACAAUAAUGCUAAUAAUAAUAAUAAUAAUAAUAAUAAUAAUAAUACGAUCAAUACUAAUAAUAACCACAAUACUUUACCAUUUAUGAAUGAUUUUAGAUCACCAUUAGGUUUAAAUCAACCAUUAAUGUAUAAUUCAAUGAAUCAGCCUCCAUCUUCUGCAUUGAAUCCCGAAACUUUCAAUUCCUUCAGUAUUUCUCCAUCAUUUUCUCCAUUGGCUAAGAGACCAAAAUUAGAAUCACAUAAUGCAACGACAAAUAUCAAAUCAACUCAGCCUCGCAGAUUAAAUAAUGGAAUGACAGCAAAUCAUUCAAAAUUUAGUCCCGAAGAGAUUAUAAUAUCAGAAAAAGGUAAAACUUAUAUGUGUCAGGAAUGUAAACGUAAAUUUUCAUCUGGCCAUCAUUUAACAAGACAUAAAAAAUCUGUUCAUUCAGGUGAAAAACCACAUCCUUGUCCCAAAUGUGGUAAACGUUUUAAAAGAAGAGAUCAUGUCUUACAGCAUCUAAAUAAAAAGAUCCCUUGUACUGAAGAAAUGCAAAAUGUCACUGAAGUAAUAUGA